AUGCGUAUCAAGCCGCACAAGAAGACGAGAAAGGGCUGCUAUUGUUGCAAACGCAGACGCGUGAAAUGCGACGAAGCCAAACCCAGCUGCUCCAACUGUCAGGACCGCGAGGAGGCGUGUCACUAUCCUUAUCAAAAGUCGGAGCCAGUCUCACUGAACGAAAAGCGACAGCUGGAGCUCCGCCUAUCGCAUCAAUGGUGCACGGAAACUUGCCGCAGCUUUACGUCUCAGCAGACAGUCCUCCUCCGCGACCACGCCAUUGAGCAAGCACAGAGCCACGUCUUUCUAAUGGACGCUAUCUUCGCACUUUCAGCGGCGCACCUGGCAAGCAAGACGACUGCGGCUCCGAAAGCGCUCCUUCAAGCGUCACUGCGAUAUCACACCGACGCUGUUAGUGCGCUGCAAGCAGCAGUGGAAUCGUCGAACCUGGAGGCGGUCUUCCUCGCUUCCAUCCUGACUAUGGCGACGUCUGUGGUGCUGCCGCUACUACAUGGAGAGAGCGCUGCGCAGUGCUUGCUGCAUAUUCAAGGCUUCUUGAAAGGCGUCUGGACCAUCAUCGACCUGAACCCGGAUGCUUUUCUCAAUGGACCUUGUGCCAGCAUGUUCGGCCAGACGUCGGCGCAGGAGUGUGUUGCCUCUGUGGAGGACCUGGAGGCGAUGCGACGACUGCGAGAGCUGAGAGAACUGCAAGCUGGUGAUCAAACGUACGACCGCACUAUCGACGAGCUGGAGUUGUGCUUUACGCGCAAUCGCAAGCGAGCUAUCAGCUGGGUGAAGAAGACAUGGCCCGGAUUCAUCGAUGCAGUCUGCAACCACGAGCCGUUCGCGUUAUUGGUGCUGCUCCAUUGGGCGGUGGCGCUCUGUGGUCUGGAGGAGAUGUGGUGGGCCAAGUACGCCGGGCAGGCACUGGUGGAGGAGCUGGCGAAUGUUGGACUGGAGUCUCAAGGGGAAGAAUGGGCUGCGGCAGUAUCGUGGGCGAAAGACCAGGCAGCUCAGACAGCUUGA